AUCAUGUGUAAAGGCAACACAGUCAAGUCCGGUACACAUACUCAGCUCCACAACUACGUUCGAGAAGAGAACACUACCACAAUCGCAACACCCGCCACUACCAUUCGACCAACCAAAGUAACAGUUAAUGUCACUAACGCUACCCUCCAACGCACCAACGAUACCAUCCGAACAAAAGUACAUAGGUUAAUCCUCCCUGAUUGGGGAUGGUGGAGACCUAAGCCAAUCCCAGUCAAGAAACUGAACGAAAGACCAGUUGUUGAGAAGUUUGACAUCAAAUUUCCUGUAACCAUGGAGAUGGUGCCAUCGUGUCGGAUGAUGGUAUAUUAUGUGAGAGAAGACAAAGAGGUUGUGGCUGAUAGUGUCGACUUUGAUGUGGAGGAUAGAUUGGAGAAUCAGGUUAGGGUUAUAAAGUAGGCGGCUGUGUGGAGGGGGUGGGGGGUUAUAAAGUAGACCAGGUUGAGGAAAAAUAACUUUGUUUGAGAGUUUUGAGUGGAGGAAGGAGAGCAGAAUUUAUAUUUCAAGUACUAAACAAAGUAAUUGACGGUAUUACUAACGUUGCACCAUCUAAAAGAGAAGAUACGAGAAUUUAACUUUAUAUAAUUUUAAUUUGCCAGGUAUCAGUGAGUUUUAAGGAUGACGAACGUAAACCAGGAGAAGAAACGAACUUGAUCUUGAAAGCUACACCCAGAUCACGUGUUGCCUUCGUGGCUGUGGAUAAGAGCAUUCAUCUCUUGAAGGCUGGGAACGAGUUGACAAAAGAAAAGGUUUGUACAGAUGUUGUCAUGUUGUCUAGAAGCGUGGCAUAUAAACAUGAAUAGAGGAGUCAUCGCCCACAAGAAUAUCUUGAGUAUCUUGGCCGAUGACUUUAAUUGAGUUUUAUUGAGUUUCUCACUCAUUGGUGAGUGGAUUUCCAAAUAGGCUAUUGCCUAAUUGAUAGGGGAUCCGUAGCUACAAUUUCAACGUCCUUCAGUGGUGGAAAUCUCGGUGGGGCGGGGGGGGGGCGACCGCCCUCCUCCCCCCACCUUCACGGAAAAUUACGAAUUUUCGGAAAUUUUGACCUAAAAGAGGGUUAAAAACAGCCUUUUCGAGUGAAAUUUGAAAGUUUGUCGGAAAUCUAGGAGGCUUUGCCCCCCCCCCACCCCCCGGAAAAAGUGAAUUUCCACCACUGACGUCCUUAUCCAAGAAGACGCGAAAGUCUAACUGUUUACUGUAAAUGUCAAUGUAAAAGUAGCACUUUCUCUUCAAUUAUUUUAAGACCUUGAGUAGAGGUCCAACGAAGGAUUGAGCCCAGGUCUCCUAGCUGGAAAGGCGAGCGUGGUAACCACGACACCACAAGACUUGAGUACAUAAGAAACCACGUGGCGAUGACGACAGUCCUGAUAACCACACUUGACUGGAGCGUCGAAACGUUGGGUCGUGAAUGUAAUUUAUUCGAGGAUUACACUCAUUUACUUCAACAAAAGUAGCAAAACAUGUCUGUAUAUGAUUACUUGGGAACUCGCAAACUUCAAAUUUCGUGUCUUUUUUCAGAUACUUCCAUACCUACGAACGUACCAACAAAGAGCUUAUAAUUCCAACCCGAAAUGUCGUAACUCGUGGAAUCCCUGGUGGAGAGGCAAACGUAGCAUUGCACCAUUCCCCUGGGGAGAUAGCUCUGGUUACGACGAUGCUUCUGAGGCUUUCAAUGUAAGUCUUGUGCAUUUGAUGUACAUGAUUUAGUACGGACACUCUCUAAUACGCACACCUCUCAACUACGGACACCUUUUUAAUACGGACAUUUCUCUCUAAUACAAACAUCUCUCUACUAAUGCCACCUCUCUAAUACGGGCAUCUCUCUAAUACAGACAUCUCUCCAAUACACACACCUCUCUAAUACACACACCUCUCUAAUACAUACACCUCUCUAAUACAAACAUCUCUCUCCUAAUGCCACCUCUCUAAUACGGGCAUCUCUCUAAUACAGACAUCUCUCCAAUACACACACCUCUCUAAUACACACACCUCUCUAAUACAUACACCUCUCUAAUACAGACACCUCUCUAAUACGAACAUCUCUCUAAUACAGAGACCUCUAUAAUACAGUUAUACGGACACCUUUCUAAUGCCAAAAUCUCUUUUAUACAAACUCCUCUCUAAUACUGACACCAGUCAUCUCUAAUAAGGACACCUCUCUAAAAUAUACAAAACGCUCUAAUACAGACAUCUCUCUAAUACAGAAACCUACCAAAAUCUCUUUUAUACAAACUCUCCUCUAAUACUGACACCAGUCAUCUCUAAUAAGGACGUCUCUCUAAAAUAUACAAAACGCUCUAAUACAGACAUCUCCCUAUGUCACGUUCUAGGUUGCAGGACUAAUAUUCUUAUCAGAUCUGUCUAUUUUCACUAAACCUUGUCCCAGACCUCGUCCCGUUCCAGUAGUGAUGGAAAUGAUGGUUGACGAUGACGGUAUAUAUUAUACUUUGUAUGUUUUGCAGAAUAUUGGGGUUUUAUUCAUAUCCAGUUUAAAUAUCAAUACAAAACCGUGCCCCAAGCCACCACCGUUGUCCAGUAUUUCUGGCUCUGGUUUUAUUCCAAAUGGUAUGCAGUUGUUUGUUUGUUUGUUUGUUUGUUUGUUUGUUUGUUUGUUUGUUUGUUUGUUUGUUUGUUUGUUUGUUUGUUUGUUUGUUUGUUUGUUUGUUUGUUUGUUCACUUCUAUCGCAAUUAUUACACCGGCAUUUUGCAAAAUACAAAAUAUCACGUAUAUUACCGUCAUCUUCAACGCACAACCAUUUUCGCGAAUGGAAGAGGUUUCUGGAAAGGGUUUCCUGAAAAUAGACAGAUUUACUUAUUUACAUGGAAACAUCACUUAUAUUUAUUUCGUAGUGAUUCUGGUUAAGUUUAAUUUGGGUUAUACCAACGGGUAAUUUAAGAAAGCUUGAAAAAAUCACUAUCUUGUGAAGUGGUGGACGAAUUUGUGAGUGGUUCCGCAUUCCUCCUAUCCCGCACGAGCUUCACAGUCACGGAGUUAUCAGUGUUCACCAAAAAUAUCUCAUUGUAGGUAGCUGGUCUGGUUUUCUUAUCAACGCUGUCCAUUUUCACGAAACCUUGUCCAAAACCUUAUGUACCGGUAUACAAGUUAUCGUUUGGCACAGGCGGUGGACUAUUUCCGGGUAAUAUACAUUAUAGUCUGCAUAUUUUGUAGAAUGCUGGUGCAAUAUUUAUAUCAAGCUUAAACAUUUAUACAAAACCUUGUCCAAAGCCACAGGAAUUUGAACAUUUGUCACUACUGCGCGGUAUGAAUAUUGUUGUUUGGUUGCUUGUUUUUUUUUUUUCAGUGGCAUAACUUAAUUUAUAUUUUUUUGCAUUUGUAAAUUCUGAACGCUGGUUGGGGAAGAGCCGUGUUGACAUAACUCAACACGGAAAAUUUCUUUCUUUAUAUUUCUUUGUGCUAUAUUAAAAAAAAUAUAUAUAACAUUUUUUCGUAUUGAUAUACAGUCAUAUCAACACUUGUGGAAAUUGGGAAAACUCGAAAUUGUGUGAAAACACUCGGCAAUUGCUAGAUAGUAUACUUCAAAGUAAGGUUCCGUUUUUAUAUCAAUUUUUAAAAUAAGUUAGGGUUAGAUAAGGGUUAGUAUUAGAGCUAGGGCUUAGUUUUGCGUUAUAAAUUUUUUCUACGUUAUAAAAAGGAAACCUUAUUUUGAAGUAUACUAUCUAGCAAUCACCCACAGAAAAUAUCCAAUAUAAAUAAAGUUAGUUUAGUUAGGUUUCCUCCUGUAGUAACACUGGAUCAAUAAGAGAUGAUCUUUACUGGUCCUCUAGGGAGAACAGUUUAGAACUGAUAGAGUUAUCCAGUAUAAAUAAAGUUAGUUUAGUUUAGGUUUCCGCCUGUAGUAAUACUGAUCAAUAAAAGAUAAUCCUUAUUGAAUCUCUAGAGAGAACAGUUUAGAACUGAUAGAGCUAUCCAGUAUCAAAUAUAAAUAAAAAGUGUACGAGAAAAAAAAAUCAUGUGAUUUAUUUGUGAUUUUUUUUAUUUUUCAUGUAUUUUUUUUCAAUUUUUUUCAAAACCUUUUUUCCCAUUCUCUUUUAAAAUUACUCCUAAAAAGUGUAUGACAUAAAAAAAUCAUGUAAUUUGUGAUUUGCCCCUCCAUUCAAACUUGGAGAAUAUAUGUUAACUGUUCGUGUUUUUCAGUAAGAUAUGCGAUGAGAGUGCAUAGGAAAUUCAUUCUCUGUUUUCUAUUGAUAUUAAAGGUGGUGUAGGUCUUCCAGGGCCAGGCAGAAGCAGAAUUUCUGGACCAAGGCCAGACAAUAGAAAUGUGAAUAGACAGAAAGAGACAGAAAAGAAGAAAGAAAAGCCAGUCCGAAUACGUAAAGAAUUCCCUGAAACUUGGUUAUGGGCAGACGAAAAACUAGAGUAAG